CUAUGCACAGUCUUCGUUUUCUUCAUUUCAAUACAGGUUUCCAUCUCAUUUGAAAUGGAGGUCGAGGAAGGACGAUUGACAUGGUUUCACCAAAUCAAUCGCCCAAGUGCUGAAAUGUACACUAUUUGGAGAAAUGGAGGUCGGAUUUGGAGAAAUGGAGAUCGAGGAAGGCCGAUUGAAUUGGCCUUCAAGAUUAGGGAUUUCGAAGGAGAUAACCCAGUUUUGGAGAAAUGGAGGUAGGGAAGGCUGGUUGAAUUGGACUUCAAGACUAGGGAGUUCGAAGGAGAUAACCCAGAUUAGGAGAAAUGGAGGUUGGAUUUGGAGAAAUGGAAGUCCGGGAAGGCCGAUUGAAAUGGUUUCACCAAAUUGGGACGAGUCUGUAGAGCUUGGAGGGAUUGAAUUGCCUUCAAGACUAGGGAUUUCAAAGGAGAUAACCCAGACAAGCAAGGGAUGAGUUUUUUACGCUAUACAAAUGUAUUUAACUCAUAUUAUAUUUUUUUAACCGAAUGGUGUAACGUGUGUCGGUUGGCAGGCUAAAUAUAUCAUUAUCCUUAUU